GACUCAACAGGUAGCUGAUCUCUCUCUCUCCCUCCUCAUUUCGUUGAUGUACAAUACUGAAACACAACUGUAUACGGUAGUUUUGAUACUUGCUCGAGUAUAUGAAUGGUAAAUUCACCAGGAGAUCAACAUUCCACAUGUGUUAACAUUCCUGCUGCUGGAUAUUGGUUAUCGGGGAUAUUUCUUUGUUGUAAGCUACAGCUAUUCUCAAACCAUCAUCAUCAUGACCUUCCUUCUUCGGGAUUGGCUUAGAUGCAUGGCGUUGCUUUUCCUGUCCCAGACAAUGGUGGUUUCUAUGGUGAUCCCUAACUCCACCCACCUAGAGUCCAUAUUGGAGAAGUACAUGGACAAGGAUGAUGAAUGGUGGGUGGCCAAGCAGCGGGGUAAGAGAGCCAUCUCCCAGGGGGACAUGCACCUCAUUCUGGACUUGCACAACAAGCUGCGUGGCCAGGUCUAUCCACAGGCCUCCAACAUGGAGUACAUGGUGUGGGAUUAUGAGCUGGAGCGGAGCGCUGAGCACUGGGCACACACCUGUCUCUGGGAACACGGACCCACCCACCUCCUAACACAGAUAGGACAGAAUCUCGGAGCACACUGGGGAAGAGACCGCCCCCCCACUUUCCAUGUCCAGGCCUGGUAUGAUGAGGUGAGGGACUACAGCUACCCCUACCCCCAGGAGUGUAACCCUCACUGCCCCUUCAGGUGCUCCGGACCCGUCUGCACUCACUACACACAAAUGGUGUGGGCUACAAGCAGUCGUAUUGGCUGUGCCAUCAACGUGUGCUACAACAUGAACGUGUGGGGAAUGAUUUGGACCAAAGCUGUCUACCUGGUCUGCAACUACUCGCCACCGGGAAACUGGUGGGGCCACGCCCCUUACAAACAUGGCAGCCCAUGCUCUGCCUGCCCGCCCAGCUAUGCCGGGGGCUGCAGGGACAACCUCUGCUACAAAGAGGGAGGAGUGGACAGACGUCCAGCUCCAGAAACUGAGGAGACCAACUACAUUGAGCCAGAGCCCCCCAGAGAGCGAGAGGGUCGCCCCCUCCCCCAGGCCCCCUCCCCCAAUGACAACGUGGAGAGGAACGAGGUGGUCAGCACAGAGCAGAUGUGCCAGCAGGUGUCCUGUGAGACCAAACUACGGGACCAGUGUAAAGGAACCACCUGUAACAGGUACGAGUGUCCUCCAGGUUGCCUGCACAGUCAUGGGAAAGUGGCCGGGACCCAGUACUAUGACAUGCAAUCCAGCGUCUGUGGAGCAGGUUUGCAUGCUGGGAUCAUUGACAAUGAUGGAGGCUGGCUUGACAUCACCAGACUGGGAAGGAAACCACAUUUCACCAAGUCCUACAAGAAUGGGGUGCAGUCACUGGAGAAGAACCGGAGUGCUAAUUCCUUUUCUGUCGCCACAGUACCAGUGAAAGCAGUCACGUGUGAGACCACUGUUGAAAAGUUCUGCCCAUUUAAGAAACCGGUACGGCACUGUCCAAGGUUGUUUUGUCCCAGGAACUGUCUGCGUGAGACUCAGGCCAGAGUCAUCGGUACCAAAAAUUACUCUGACAAAUCAAGUAUCUGCCGAGCAGCCAUCCAUGCUGGUGUGAUCCAGAAUGACUCCGGGGGAUAUCUGGACGUGAUGCCUGUGGACAAGAGGAAACAAUACAGCGGAAGCUACCAGAACGCUGUCACCUCAGAGAGUCUUCAGAACCCAACAAGUGGCAAGGCAUUCCGAGUCUUUGCAGUCAUUUGAGCCCACACUGCAAGGACACUCGCGGCCAUGAAAAGGAGCAGGUCACAUCCAACAGGGCUGCCAUUUCACCCAGUGUGUCAUUAUGUGGCCUCUGACACGGCCUCUCUCGCUCAGCCAGGCUGAACCUCAGCUUCUCAAGGCUGCUUUUGGCCAUGAUCACAUCUAUGAGAUAUGCCGAUCUCACGCAGGUGUUUCAGCAUCCUGUACAUUGAUGUAUAUAUCAUGUUUGUACAUAUGUUGAAUGUUUAAGCACAAUUAUUGUUUUUGUUGGUGUUUUUGGUUAGAAAAUUCAUUUGACUUUAGUAAGUUAUGCAUGCGUGAUAAAGUUGAAUUAUUUAGAUUUGGUUGUAAUUUCACAUGCAUGUUUGUAAAUAUUGUGCAUAGACUGUUAAUUGCUAUUAAUGAUACAGGACAGUAUGUUGUAUAUCCAUGUUACAUUGUAUGUUCGAAUUCAUAGAUUUAUUCAGAACAAGCCUGGCUGGCCAGGAUAACAGCAGAUAAAGAAUUUAGGGGGACAGUUAAAUGUAAUCAAGGAAUGAUGUUGUUGUUGUCAUAAAGGAGUAAUAAAGGAAGAAACACAGA